GCCCCGGGAGCCGUGAAGUGCGGCGCGCGGCGGCGGGCGCGGAUCCCGCGGAAGGAAACGGCAACAUGAAUUCGUAGAUGAUGAGUAGGAUGCCAAAGCCAGAGAUGACAGUGCUCUUGAAGAAAUGCUGGGUAGAACAAAAAGGUAAUCUUGCCUGAUUAUCCAAGUGGAAGCAGCUCUUGCCCCUUGUGCACACCGGUCUGCAGGGUAUCUCGAACACCUGAAGGAAAGCCAUUAUAGUUGAUCCCACUGAUGCAUUAAUAUUUGUGUACAUUUCUCACAGGGACUAUACUGGAUCAGCUGUAGGACUGUCAGCAGUCCCUGCUGUCCUGAAGCCUGUGUAGCAAUGUGCCUUUCACGCUCCAUAAGAUUAACAGUUGCUGAAAAUAGGAAAAAGGAAUUUUCUUUUCUUCUGUCUUAGAAGAGACCCAUCCUACCAUACUCAUCCUUUGCCUUGGCUCGGGAAUGGCUUCAGACCUUAACGAAAGCAGAAAGUCAACAGGUCUUUUUAAAGAAGUUCCAUUCUCGUGAGAAUCGAAGGGAAAAUCUCCUUUUUGAGCGUUCAGUCACAUCAAAGGAAACAACCGUUUCAAUCUUCAUUUGCAUUGUGCAGGCAUUAGAUGUGGUCCAGUUACACUGAGCUCUGCUUGAGAAGGCAGAAGUGGCAGCACUCGUCAGGCUUUGACGAGAUGGAGAGAAAACUCAGCCAGGCAAAUAAUACAUCACUCUUCCGAGGCACUUUCCAUUUUUAAAAGGACAGAACAAUUUACUUUGUUUCUUGGGAGACUCUUUACAGCAAAAGCUCCUUGACAUCCAAUUCUAGGAAGGCGGACUGAGCAUUGAUCUCCUGGCCAUUAUGUUCCUGAAGGGAGGCUUGCAGUGAGCUCAGGCCUGCCGCUGGACCGUGGCUUUGUUCCCAGUGCUCGGAGGCAGCAGAUCUCAGCUCUGUGGGGAUCCCCCGGCCCCAAAGGGAAGCAGAAGGCUGAGCUGAACAACCGCUGUGUAUUACUGCGGGAGUUGCACAGCAGCCUCACGGUGCAUCCUGCUGGGCUGCAGCCAAUGGGCCGGGGCAGCACCCGAGCGCUGCUGCAUGGCAGUGCAUUGCAGUUACGGCCGUUUGCUUUCUGCUCGUGUCUGUAAGCCACAGAACGGGGUGUUACCUUUACAUUCCAUGGCAGCGAUCUGGAGGGGGAGCAGUGCUGUCAUAUGAGUUCAGGAGCACAAACUGGACAGUAUGCAUGGAGGCAGAGGGCAGGCAGUGAGGGGCCACGUGCAGCUGUAUGCCAUCCCCAUCUCUGCUCCCCGCCGCCCAUUCCUGCCUGCUCUGCACUUCUUACCUCUCCCGAUCUCCCUUCCACCCAAAAAGCCCCCUGAUUCCCGCAGGCCUCGCGCUGGGGGAGGUUUCAUUUGCGUCCUAAGUAAACUUUUCAGCUUUUAGUUUAAUAUCAAGACAGUCUCUUACUAAUUGUUUUGAAUUGCUGAGCACGCAGCAGCCCGCCUGGGAAGGGGAAGGAGCGGAACGGGGCAGGUGGAGGCGGAGCUGCGGUGCGGUGCUCGGCACGGUGCCGCCCUCCGGUACCGCCGGGCCGGCGGUGCGGUGGGGCCGAGCGCGGGUGGGCGGAGCCGCGAAACUUCGCCGCUCACACGGACGGCGAGCGGGAGUGCGGGGCGGGGGGGGGGGGGGGUUCCGCCGCUCGGCCCGCCGUCCCCGCGCGGGAGGGCCGCGACCCCCGGCCGGGCGGGGAUUGGCGGCGGGGCGGCACCGCGCGCCAAUCGCCGCCUUUGUUUGGGGUUGCGGGCGCGGGGCGUGCUCCCGCCGGGCCGCCGGCAGCCAAUGGGCGGGGCGGGAACCGCGGCACGGCUCCGCCCCUCCCACCGCCCCAUUGGCGCCGCGCGCUGUCGCUCCGCCGGCGGCCGUUCCUCGUUGGCUGCCGCCGCCGGCGGCGCCGUGCGUCAGCGGCAGAGUCCCUCUCCGUGCGCGUCGCGAUUGGCUCCGGCCGCCGUCGCUCGCGCGAAGCCGCUUCCCGAGUGGCCGCCGCGGCCGUCAGUGCGGCGCCGCGUCCCGCCCGCACGUCCUCCCGGCGCGGCCGCUGAGUGGCUGCGGCGCGUGUCACUGUGGCGCCGCCGGGCGCCUAUUGGCGGGCGCUGCCGUCCGUCGCGCCCAGCCCCUCCGGCCGCCCGCCCCCGGCCCGCCGCGAUUGGUCGCCGCGGGUGUCAGUGCGGCGGCUCACCCAAUGGGCGGCGCGGGGUGUGCGCCGUGCGCGCGGGGUGCCCGGCCCGGCGGCGGCGGCGGCGGCGGCAGCGGGAGGAGGCGGCGCGCGCCUGGGUCCCGGUCGCGAGGAGGCGGAGGAGGAUGUGGCGCGCGGAGGGGAAAUGGCUGCCGAAAACAAGCCGGAAGAUGAUCAUGGGAACAGCAAUGGCAGUCAUGUAAAAAUCUUUUUACCGAAGAAGCUGCUCGAAUGUCUACCAAAAUGUUCAAGUUUACCCAAGGAGAGGCACCGCUGGAACACUAAUGAGGAAAUUGCAGCUUAUUUAAUAACGUUUGAAAAGCAUGAAGAAUGGCUAACAACUUCCCCUAAAACAAGACCGCAGAAUGGUUCUAUGAUCCUGUAUAAUAGGAAGAAGGUGAAGUACAGGAAAGAUGGGUAUUGCUGGAAAAAAAGGAAAGACGGGAAAACCACCAGAGAGGAUCACAUGAAGCUGAAAGUCCAAGGAGUGGAGUGCUUGUACGGCUGUUACGUCCAUUCCUCCAUCAUCCCCACGUUUCACAGAAGGUGCUACUGGCUUCUUCAGAACCCAGACAUCGUGUUGGUGCACUACCUGAACGUUCCUGCCAUUGAGGACUGUGGAAAACCCUGCGGCCCCAUCUUGUGCUCAAUAAAUACAGACAAGAAAGAAUGGGCAAAAUGGACAAAAGAGGAACUCAUUGGACAGCUCAAACCCAUGUUUCAUGGUAUUAAGUGGACGUGCAGCAAUGGGAACAGCAGUUCAGGGUUCUCAGUGGAGCAGCUCGUGCAGCAGAUCCUCGAUAGCCACCAGACCAAACCGCAGCCUCGGACACACAACUGUCUGUGCACUGGUACCUUGGGGGCAGGAAGCAGUGUGCAUCACAAGUGUAACAGUGCCAAACAUCGCAUCAUAUCACCAAAGGUUGAACCAAGGACAGGUGGGUACAGCACUCAUUCAGAGGUACAAAAUAACGAUGUCUCUGAAGGCAAGAACGAGCACAGUCACGGCAAGGCCUCCAGCCGGGAGAAGAGGAAUGGCAAGGUGGCGAAACCAGUGUUGCUCCAUCAAAACAGUACUGAGGUUUCUUCCACCAACCAGGUGGAAGUCCCUGACACAACCCAGAAUUCUCCUGUGUCCAUCAGCAGUGGAUUAAAUAGCGACCCGGAUAUGGCGGAUAGCCCGGCAGUCACUGGUGUGUCCAGCAUGGCUGUAGCAUCAGUCAUGGGAAGCCUGUCACAAAGUGCCACGGUGUUUAUGUCAGAAGUCACCAGUGAAGCUGUGUACACCAUGUCACCCACCUCGGGCCCAAAUCAACACCUUCUGUCCUCAGAUGCGGCUGCACAAGGACUGGUUCUUGCUGUGAGUUCAGAUGGACACAAAUUUGCUUUUCCAACAGCGGCCAGUUCAGAGAGCUUGUCCAUGCUACCCAGCACCGUCUCCGAGGAGCUUGUGCUCUCCACAACUUUGGAUGGAAAUAGAAAAAUUCCGGAAACCACCAUGAAUUUUGACCCAGACUGUUUUCUUAAUAAUCCCAAGCAAGGGCAGACUUAUGGUGGAGGAGGUAUGAAAGGUGACAGCAUCAGUACCAACAUAAGGCAGUCACCCACCACAGAGCGUAGCUUCAACUUCAAUACAACCCUCACAAAAGAAAUCAAAACGGAGGACACAUCUUUUGAACAGCAGAUGUCCAAAGAAGCGUUUUCCUCCACUUCUGCAUCUAACACUCUCACCCUCACUACUGGUUCAGGUUUGCUUCCAUCUGGAGGAGGUCUGAGCCCAAGUACCACCUUGGAGCAGAUGGACUUCAGUGCCAUUGACUCCAACAAGGACUAUUCUUCCAGCUUCAAUCAGACAGUCCAGAGCCCUCACGUUCAUCAGACCCCCUCCCCCAGCUUCUUUCUGCAGGAUGCCAGCAAACCUCUUCCCCUUGAGCAAAACACCCACAACAACUUGAAUGACACAAGUGGCUCAUUUGUGAAUACAAUAGGAAUCCCCAGUGUGAAAACAGAGUCCCCAUCCCAAACCACUUCCAACUGCAAUGGCACAGUGGAAACCAGAAUAGAGUCCACCUCUUCUCUCCAGCUCAUGCAGUUCCAAGCAAACUUCCAGGCUAUGACUGCAGAAGCUGAAGUUCCCAUGGAGACCUCCCAGCAGGCAGAAGGGAAUGAAAAUCUACUUAAAUCAGGGGAUCUUCAAGCCUGCAGCACAGAGCACUACUUGCAACCUGAGACCAAUGGAGGUAUCAGGAAUGGGAACAAUCUCCCUAUUCUUCAAGGAAACGUGGUACAAGGACUCUAUCCUGUGGCCCAUCCCAGCUUAAAUAACUCCUCCAACAUGGAGCUUAACUUGGACCACUUUGACAUCUCCUUCAGCAACCAGUUUUCUGAUCUAAUUAACGAUUUCAUAUCUGUAGAAGGUGGGAGCAAUGCCCUCUACGGACACCAGUUGGUGUCAGGUGACAGUGCCGGACUCUCUCAGCCUGAAGACAGUAACAGAACAACCUACAACCAGGCUGAAAUGUGCAUUCCUUGCUGCAGUCCUCAGCAAGCCAACAUGCAGCUCAGCAGCACAGAGAAUGGAGCCAGCACGAUGGCAUACAUGCAUGUGGCUGAGGUGGUCUCGGCAGCUGCAGCACAAGGCACUUUGGGGUUGCUACAGCAGAGUGGGCGCUUGUUCAUGGUGACAGAUUAUUCACCAGAAUGGUCUUACCCUGAGGGAGGAGUGAAAGUUCUAAUCACUGGUCCAUGGCAAGAAGCCAGCAAUAAUUACAGCUGUCUGUUUGAUCAGAUCUCAGUGCCUGCAUCUUUAAUUCAGCCAGGAGUACUGCGCUGCUACUGCCCAGCUCAUGACACUGGGCUCGUGACUUUGCAAGUUGCCUUCAACAAUCAGAUCAUCUCCAAUUCUGUGGUGUUUGAAUACAAAGCCAGAGCUCUGCCAACCCUGCCUUCCUCCCAGCAUGACUGGCUGUCUUUGGAUGAUAACCAGUUCAGGAUGUCGAUACUGGAGCGCCUCGAGCAGAUGGAGAGGAGAAUGGCGGAAAUGACGGGCUCCCAGCAGCACAAGCAAGGAGUAGGAGGCGGGAGCAAUGGGAGUGGGAAUGGAGGAACGCAGGUGCAGUGCGUUUCUGGGACGGGAACCUUGGGCAGCUGCUUUGAGAGCCGUGUGGUGGUGGUGUGCGAGAAGAUGAUGAGUCGCGCUUGCUGGGCGAAGUCCAAACACUUGAUCCAUUCAAAGACGUUCCGAGGAAUGACGCUGCUCCACCUAGCUGCUGCCCAGGGCUAUGCUACGCUGAUCCAGACCCUCAUCAAAUGGCGCACCAAACACGCAGACAGCAUUGAUCUGGAGCUGGAAGUCGACCCUUUGAAUGUGGAUCAUUUCUCCUGCACCCCCCUGAUGUGGGCGUGUGCCCUGGGCCACAUGGAUGCAGCUGUUGUGCUGUAUAAGUGGGACCGCCGAGCCAUCUCUAUCCCUGACUCCCUUGGGAGGCUGCCGCUGGCAAUUGCCCGCUCUCGGGGCCACGUGAAGUUGGCGGAGUGCUUGGAGCAGCUGCAGCGUGAUGAACAAAGUCAGCUUGGACAGAACCCCAGAAUUCAGUGCCCCUCGAGCACCGACUCCAGCACAGAAAGCUGGGUGUCCCAGUGGCACAGUGAGCUUAUUGCCUCUCAAGAGCCUCAGAAGGGAGUCACUGUGAUUUCCAGUACCAACACAGAGCUGAGACGACCAAGAUCAGAACCUUCCAGUUACUACAGUAGCGAGACUCAGAAAGAUUACCCUGCACCCAAGAAACAUAAGCUGAGCCCUGAAUAUUUUCAAGCCCGGCAAGAGAAGCUGCUUUCCACUGCACUGAGCCUGGAACAGCCGAGUGUGAGGAAGCAGAACUCCAGCUCUAAGCAGUCCACCACGGAGACAAUCAGCCCCAGUGAAGGGAUAAGGGACUACGGCCGGGAGCUCUCCCAGCACAUCCCAGAAGCGGCUGGAUACCGGGGCUCUGGUAGCCAAGCGGGCAUCAAAUGGAACCCAAAAGACAUUUACAUUGGUGUGUCUGCGGUGCAGUUAGUGGGGAGCCAGAAGAGCGCUGCACUGGGGAAGGACUCUGUGGGCCAUCGGCUACGCCAGCGAGAGCAGAUGAAUGUGCUGAUGUUGGCUGACAGGGAGUUAGUGGAUGCAGAGCUCUUGUCCUAUAGGGACAAUACAGGGGAUGAGGACUGCUUACGCCACAUGGAUGACUUGCAGGUGAACAUGAUGACACUUGCAGAGCACAUUAUUGAAGCGACGCCUGACAGGAUCAAGCGGGAGAAUUUUGUGCCAAUGGAGUCACCGCAGGUGGAGAGAGCAGAGAGUGCUGCCAUGAGCACCACGAUGAGCUGGCUGGCCAGUUACCUUGCUGAUGUCGAUCAUCUGCCGAGUGCUGCACAGAUAAGAAAUCUGUAUAGUGAACCCUUGACCCCUUCUUCAAACACCAGCUUGAGCCCUGCAGGCUCACCCAUCAGUGAAAUAGCUUUUGAGAAACCCAGCCUUCCUUCGGCAGCGGACUGGUCUGAAUUUCUGAGUGCAUCCACCAGCGAGAAGGUAGAAAAUGAGUUUGCACAGUUGACUCUGUCUGAUCAUGAGCAGAGAGAGCUCUACGAAGCUGCCAAACUCGUCCAGACAGUCUUCAGGAAAUAUAAGGGUCGUCCACUCCGGGAGCAGCAAGAGGUGGCUGCCGCUGUCAUCCAGCGUUGCUACCGAAAAUACAAACAGCUUACUUGGAUAGCCUUGAAGUAUGCACUUUAUAAAAAGAUGACGCAAGCUGCCAUUCUUAUCCAGAGCAAAUUCCGAAGCUAUUAUGAGCAGAAGAAAUUCCAGCAGAGCCGACGGGCCGCAAUGCUGAUCCAGCAGUACUACCGCAGCUACAAAGAAUGUGGGAAGAGGAGGCAGAACCGUCGGGCAGCCACCAUUGUGCAGCAGAAACUCAGAAGCAGUCUGCUUACCAAGAAGCAGGACCAAGCUGCUCGCAAGAUUAUGCGGUUUUUACGACGCUGCCGCCACAGCCCACUGGUGGACCAUAGGCUGUACAAAAGGAGUGAAAGAAUUGAAAAAGGCCAAGGAACUUGAAGAUAAGCAGCAGCAUCCCGUAGCAAUGUGACAUUGCUUCUCAGACUGUUUUCAUUUUCUGUUUUUAGCAGAGACAUGCAACAACAACAAAAAUACCCACUGCAGUUCUGGAAAUACCAUCUGCAGGAUUUUAACAGUAAUGUUUUGGUCAUUGCAUUUGCACUUUCAUGGACAACAUUUAAUUUGUUCAGCAAGACAUCUUGGAACUCAAUCUUCUGUUGGAUCAUAGGGAUAAAAAAAGACACCAGGAAGAAUUUGUGAGUUGCUUCAUUCUCCAAGAAGGAAGAAGCGAUUAAUUAUCCUUUUCAUAUAGGGCUGUAUUGAACAACAUGUGGAACUGUACAAAUAUUAUACCAAAAAUAUUGUUAAGAAAAGGUGGGAAUGCACAAGCAACACAAGAAUGCUGUUCCUGCACUUGUCGGUCAUCUCCAAGAAACUGAAGCUUUGAGAGUCUCAGUGGAGGGGCUUAGAUCAGUACGUCUUUAUUGGGUCCAUGCAUCCUCAUUUCUUCGCACAUCUGUCCUUUGUGUUUUAUUUAAAUCUCUACAGCACACUUAAUGCAACUUUUUAACUCUGCAGGUUUUUAAUACAUCCCGUGGGAGCUUUUGGAAGGGGUUGGCAUGUCAGAUAAACGGGUAACGUGCAAGGAGCAGAGAGAGCAACUUCAGCGAGUUUUACAAAGUUUCUUUUUGGUGUUUUUACUCUAGAACCUGCAAAAACGUAUCGAUUGCCAUGUGUUUCCUCCCAUGUUCAGCACUUUAUUUUCUAGCCUUACUUUCACGUACUGUUACUUUAAUUAAGUUCUUAGAAUAAUUUGCAAGACAUGUAGCUUUUUGUCCUAAGUAACUGUCAAACCUCUUGUCCUUUUGCAGAGUCACGUACAUUUGUUGCCUGGACAUUUUAUACCACCUAAAGAGCAGAGUGGUGCUGCAUUCUGGCCAGUAAAUUUCUUUUUUUUGGCUCUUUCAUCAAAUCUGGGCAGUUUCUGUAUAUAUAGAAGGUAGAAAUGGAAAAUGAGAAAAAAAUAUUUGAAAGGGAAUAUAUUGAUUAAUUACUAAAUAUUUUAUUCAUAAAGGGUCAAUAACUUGGCAAGAUAAAAUUAUUAUUUGUAUAGUUUUGUCUGAAUGAACGAGAAGAGUGUGGAUGUAUUGUUUGUACAUAUUGUAUAUAUUAAAACAGAGAUAUGUGCAUGAACUCAAGAAAAAGAAAUGAACAAAAGCAAAGCAUUAGUGGCUAUGGUCUGUAAAAUGAAACAAAAACUUUAUUUCACUAUAAGAAACUUUAUUUUAAAUGUUCUUUAGAAGAACAUUUUUGCUAAAGCAUGACUAAAUGGCAAAAAGAGCUGCUGUAUUUAGACUUAGGAAAAAAAGGCAGAGCAACAUUACUUAAAAAAAAAAGAAAGAAAAAAAAAAGGAUAUGUUUACAUUUGAUUUUGGCUACCAGGAGUUCGGUUUGGUUCAGUUUCCGUUCUUUAUUCCUUCCUUCUUUUUGCCCCCCUGUCUCUUUUUUCCUUUUUGUUCAAUUUUUUUGCCAAUGGUGCCAAGUAAUGUGAAUGCUAAUAUUGCUUCAGAAAAUGACGUUACUUUUGCAAAGCAGAUAAUCAUAAAAGUACAAAAACGUAUCUAGCUUAACACCAUACACUCACUCCAAUAAAGAACACUUAGAAUGAAUAUAAAAUGAAGAAAAAAAAAAAAAAGAAAUAGUAUGAAAGUAGAAAAUCUCUCACAUUUUCAUAUCUCCUGCUGGACGUCAGAAAACAUAACAAAAAUUGCACAAAAAAUUAAAAAAAAAAAAACUAAGCAAAACAACAACAACAACAACAAAAAAAGAUGCAAACUGAUCUCGUAGGGGUGUCAUGGUAUAUUGCUAUUUCCACAUAGUGAGGAGCCAAAGAAACCAGUGCUGUUGUUUUUAUAAAUCGAAGUACUGAUGGAAAACUGUCGCAGAUGCUCAGCGGUGGGGAGGGGGCUGAGCCCGGCCGCACAGGAAGGGGAGAGAAGCGGUUCUGCAGCCGCCGCCGGGGGGGCUUCGCGCUCCCGUCGGGGGGCAGAAGCUGCUGCUCUGUGUCUGUUCUGCUGGCGGCGCUGCGGGUCUCUGAGCGGACCGAUGUCCCUUUGGGAUUGUUCCUAUUGGAAAAACCGUUCUGGCUCGAUCCCGGCCACCAACUGCAGUGUUUAAACGGAAGGCUUUCCGCGAAGCCUAAAAAUACUCACACAAAAGAAGCUUUUAAACUGGUGUCUUUAAAAGAAGAGUAAAAACAAAGAUUGUGGCAAAAAACAAACACGAAAACAAACCUGGGGUCAGUGCUCUUGGUGCCUUUUCUAUAAUUGUACCUGUUUUUAAUUACUUCUUUUCACUGCCAGCAUUGAAUUACAGUAGGUGUGUGCUAUAGCUCAUUAUCAGAAUUCUAUUGUACAUUUCUGAAUUGCUGCUUUAUGACCUGAUUCAAUUAAAAAAAAAAAAGGUAAAACCGAAUGGUUCUCAUGCUGUGGCUUUGGGCAGCUCAUAACCUCCAUUUAUUGUAUGGAAUCAGGACUUUACCUGUUAAAUUGUCCUUACACACAAAACCAGAAAUGCAGAAGAAUCUCCUUUGCGAUGGAUAGGAAAUGCUCUGUAUUAACACUGGAGGAACUCUGAUAUUCUGGAACCGAAGCGUUGCUCCACACAUCAGCCAGUUGUGACGAUACGAACCGACCUUUUCCUAACAAGAGUAGUGACCUCAGUGGAAAUAUUUUAAUUCCCUGUAUUCAGAAAAAUGAUUCAGUAAUAUACAGAGCUAUUUCAAAUUACUCUUCCAGAUCCAUGGGCCUGGUGGUGUAUCUACUAACCUAGAUCCUGCUACAGCACAACGUUUGAGCGUGUACUUGGUGUUAAACAUGCAAGCAGUUCCGCAGGGUCAGCAGAAAUACUUGCCUGCUUGAAGCCAAGUACAGCUUCUAAGUGCUUUGUUGUGUCGGGUCAUAACCCUUCAGUGCAUCCCCGGGGAGUUACGGAGACUCCCCCUGAAGUGAAGUGAUUCGCUCACCCUUUUCUCCAUUGUGGAACUUGUGUUCUCACAGAAGAUAAACUAAGUGCAGCUUCCCGGGAAGGUUCAGAUUCCCAAGUGCCAGGAGCCAAACCUUCUGUCUUCUGAUCGUGGAAUUGCUCCUUUGUGAAACGCAUUUGACAGCAGUAAUACUGUGUGAAAGAAAUACAAAAUAUAACAUGAACCCCCUCUCUGGUUGCACGCUUAUGGCAGUUCCACACAAUAGCUGGUGCCCAAUGGGGGGUCCCCAAGACUUGCAUGUAAAACUAGUAUAGAUGUCUUCUCUUUUGUAAGUUUUAUUUUUGUAACCGUGCAUGUAAAGCAUCACUGAAUCAAUGGAUCUGUUGAAGAACUCAGCUGCUGGAACCAUGCAAAAUGUUUUGAAUUGCCCUUAAAAUAUGGAAAAUGUUUUCUGAAUGCUUUAUAUUCUUUCUGCUGUAAAUUAAAAACAAAGAAAAUUUCCCCAUA